AUGGAAGGCAGUGUGAAGAACCUUUUGGACGCUGAAAAAGAGUCUCAGCAAAUCAUCGAGCAGGCAGUCAAGGACAAAGCCAAGAAGGUCACUGAGGCCAGACUCUACGCCGAACAGGAAAUCAACAAGCUCCGCAAGGAGUACGAAGAAAGGUUCCAAGUAUAAGCACAGUAAAAAUAACUUGAGAACUUAGAGUUAACUUAAUACGACGAGAAGGCUCAAAAAGAUAUCGAAUUAAUCAAAUAAGACUUUGAGACAAACAAAAGACAGGUUAUUAAAAUGCUUUUAGAUUAGAUUCUCGUAGUAGAUCUUGCAGUACCAAAAGUCGUAUAGCAGAAAUUCGACUGA